UGACCCAUCUGCUCCUCGGUGUAUGAGACGUGGGAACAGCAGAGAGUAAAAAUCUUGAUCUAACAAAAACAAGAUUCGUCAAAAUUCAAAACAUUCAAAGUAUUUAAUUGAGAUUAACUUUAAAUAAUUUGACUUGUAUAGAUUUACAAAAUUUGUGGUGUGGUCGAUCAAUCGACAUGGCGUGCAGCGGCGGAGGAUCCUCCAAAGUUAUUAAAAGUGUGGCGAGACAAGUGAAACCAAUCUUGUCGCUGGAUAAGGCAGAUGCUCGGCGACGUGUGGUCAACCUUUACAAAGCCUGGUAUAGACAGAUGCCUUAUGUGGUUUUGGAGUACGACAUCCCCAAGAAUGUGGAACAGUGCCGACAAAAGCUGAGGGAAGAGUUUGAUAAGAAUAGGCACAUUAAGGACAUUCGGGUCAUCGACAUGCUAGUCAUAAAGGGUCAAAUGGAGCUGAAAGAAACGGUAGAAAUCUGGAAGCAGAAGUCCCACAUUAUGAGCUAUUUUAAGGAGACGGUCGAACCAAAGCCUCAAGGAUUUCUAUCAAAAUUCCUGGCUGGUCAUGAGUAGCAAGCAAUAAUUAAUUUGACAUUAUUACACAGUAACUCAGUAAAAUUGCUGCCAUCACCGUAAUCCAUUUGUGGAAAUGUAAUAAUUUUAUAGUUAAUUUCAUGUAUAUAAGAACAUCACUCCUUGAAGAAUAGUAUAUCAUUGUAGAUUUGAUCUAAAUUACACAGUAAGCGAAAGAAAAUUAAAUUAUGUAGAAACAA